AUGUUUCGAUCUGCUGCUGUAUGUCUCCUUGCUAGUGUUGCUAUCUAUUUUCUCUUCAGCAGCACGGCUUUGUUCAAGGGCGUCUGCUCGACGUGGAAUGCGACGGCGGCGGAACGCGCAGAGGUGCGCAGAUUGCAGCAACUUCCGUGCGGACAUUGUAUUAACGUGAGCCACGCUCCCUCGAUUUCUUCGAUUUCGUGCGAACAAUUCACCGAAUUAUACGCAAAAACGGGCAGACCGCUCAUACUUAAAGACGCUCUUUCGUCUUCAUCUCUCAUAAACGUCUCGUUAUCCGACGCUCUUUCUUACUUCCAGAAAGUGUAUCAAACAUCCGACCAAUCAGGGAAGACGGACGAUUAUUUUAAUGAAUUUCGUAAUGUAAUGGAUGGUUACAAGGCUGCUGCAGUCUAUAAGCCUGAAGACAUAUUUGAGAGCGCAAAUGUGGAGACGUUACUGUCGACUGCUUGGUAUCUUAAUUGGAGACUUUUUAAUGAGGAAUUUCUUGAGAACAAAGAAUCUCUUGUACCAACGCCUUACUGCUUCUCAUCAUGGUCUUACCCACAUUUGGAUAACAUCGAAUUUUUCUUUGCUAAUCCGAAGGAUAAUGACGUAAUGACGAGUUUUGGUCGACAUGUUGAUAAUACCGAGUCAUCAGGGACGUGGCAUGCACAACUGGUGGGAACGAAGAUAUGGCAGGUGUGGCCUCCACUUGAAUGUGAGGAAGUUUGUGAGCCAAUGAACAUCACUGUUAAGGCUGGUGAUUCGCUGUUUAUCAAUACUGACAUAUGGGAGCAUCGUUGUGUCAUUCCUCCACGUUCAGAAGAGAACCCAUACAGUCUCAGUAUUGCACAAGACUACAUGCUGUCUAUCUGGGAUAACUACCUUCUCACAUUUGACUUUUACAGACAUUUCUAUCGUCCACACAAAUACACUUUCCAAUCGAUGACACACACGGGAGACGGCGAAUAUUAAAUUCUGAAUACCAGUUGCAUUGAUAUCAACAACAGCAUGGUACAAGUUAUGUUG